AUGCCAUUCGACGCAUGCUGCCCAGAAUGCAAGAUGCCAGGUGAUGACUGUCCACCAGUAUGGGGAGAGUGCGGACAUCACUUUCACAUUCACUGCAUCAUGAAGUGGCUGCAGAAGGAGCAGAAACAGUGUCCUAUGUGUCGCCGAGAAUGGAAGUUUCGUCAGUGA